ACAGUCCAGGCCAGCAGGAGGGACUGGCGAGUGGGAGGGGUUUCACUGCAGCAGAGCGGCGGCGGCGGCAGAGGCAGAGGCAGAGGCGGCAGUUCUGGGCUGGGAUGGAGCAGAGGCUAGCCGGGCACUGGAGGGCAGACCACUGAGUGCGCCCGCUGCCCCGAACCACAGCCCGAGCCUGCUGCGCUGUGCGCGGAGCGCCCCGGGGACAAGGAGGAGAUCGCUUGGGACCAGGGAAGGAACCUGCCUCCCGCGGCCAGCCUCUCGCAGGGGGGGCCUCUCUCCACGCAGGAGGAGGAGCUGGAGCUCCGAGAGGAGCCCAGGCCAGAUCCCCAGGGGUACCAUGCUGUGCCACACUCUCUUUACCCUGCUCGUCUUCGCGACAGGUUUAAGAGCACAAAGUCUGCCUGCAUCAGCCACCUUUCCUGCUUCUCUUCCGACAAAAUUCACCACAUUAUCUUCAAUCUCGACCGGUCCUCCACAAAAUACUGCUGAUGUUACCAACUCCUCCAGCAACAGCUCACAGAAUAACUUGUUAUCAACAGUGACUUUGUCAGCUGAGACAACUCCACUUCCUAGAAGCAUAUCAGUAACACCAAGAGACCCAGAGAGCACCAGCAAAGUCUCUGUACAAGAAUCAACAGUUACUGGUGUUGGCCAGGAGAGAAAAGACAAAGCCCAAGACGAGUCGUCCUCGGCUAGAAUAUCGCCAACAAGCAGCCAAGACCAGUUUAAAACCACCCGUGCAGUACUCAUCUCUGCAACACCAGAAGUUAAUAAUGAUACAGAAACACCAAGUACAGUUUCUCCUCCUCCAUCAGAUGGAGAAGCAGUAGCCUCUUCCCCCCAGCCAUCGGUCUCUUCUUCUUCAUCCCCUUCUUCGUUGCCGCCAAAGGUGUCUCCAACCGGUGUGAUCACAGACUCCGUUACAACCGAAAGCACCACCCACCAAAAGAGCAGUGAAGGACCCUCGGGAACUCUCACGGCUACACCACCUGGAGCUGACCUCAUUCCUAAUGAGACACCAACACUUCCCUCUUCAUCGGGGCCUAUGAUAGAAGAGACAUCUUCCCAAAUGACUAUGCCAACCUAUGAGGUGGAAGGGACUGAAAGUAAUACGGCCUCCCCUCGGAUCAUCAUGGAACAAGUUCAGCAUGCGUUAAGUUCAGGAAGCGUCGUAGCCAUUACCGUGACAGUGAUUGCAGUGGUAUUGCUGGUGUUUGGGGUAGCCGCCUAUCUGAAAAUCAGGCAUUCUUCCUACGGAAGGCUGCUGGAUGACCAUGACUAUGGAUCCUGGGGCAACUAUAACAACCCACUUUAUGAUGACUCCUAACAGAGGAACACGGAAUGGGACAGGACAUACAUGUUCUUUAAUUUAAAAGUGCUUAUCCAGUAGCAUUAAUGCUAAUUACCUGAUAUGCAUUCAAUGACAAUCCUGUGGCCUGCUUUGUUGGUUUUAUUGUUAGGUUGGGUUUUUUUUUUAAUUUUUAUUUUUCUUCUCUUCUGGUUUCUGCUUCCUUUCUCUUUAAGGAAAAAAAAGAGCUAUCAUUUUUAGGUGAAUCCAAACUGAAUCUCGACUAAAUGAGACAACAUGGAAGCUCAGACCACCCUGGCUGCUUUGGAGAAGGGAUGUACUUUUGGGGGAGUAAGGAUGACUUUUAUGUGGGAAAUCAUAUUAAAUCUCCAUAAAAGAAAGCCUGAGAAAAUGAUCACUAGAGGGGUUUUCAUCUGCAGAUGCCCAUGUUUCACCGAUUCCUUUUUAAUCUCUGUUUAUCUGGUCCUGGAUCCCAGCUGCAGCUCUGCAGAAAUGGUUGCAGGCUCUUUCUUCUCCUAAUUAAGGAAUGAUCAAAAUAGAAAGCGCAUGAAAGGAGGGAGCCUGCCAAGGGGCAGAAUUAACAAGUGAGUUUCAGAUCCUGACGUGUUCCUUGGUACUCUGCUUCACAAGGUGUCCCAGAUUAAGGAUGCCCAAGGCAUCCAACUUCCAUUGGAAGAGCCCAUGCAUUUGCAAGCUUUUUGAUGGGCCCAACGAGGGUCUUUAAGGUGAACUUAGUUUGAGGCAGGAGACGGAGACAAGUGAGGGUGCCUGCCCACCUGGAGUUGUAGGAAUAUUUGGAUGUUGGGGCAGGGAAGCAGAAAAGGCAGUAUCAGAGAGACCUCUGGGUAUGCUGUGGGCUACGCUUUAUCUGAAGGAUUCCAUAGAACCUUCUCCAUGGGCCCGUGAGGUAGCUGGCCAUGGCCUUACUAUCUUUCAGUAAACCGAGGUCAGCUGCGGAUGCAUUCUGAAGGCAUUUCUUCAGUUUCUCAGCAACACAUCCCUCUUGACAGGGACUUUACAGUGUGAUCAACUAAUUUCUUGGCCCCUAGCUCCUGCAUUUGCUAACUCUCCUCUUAUCCACUGUAUGGACAAGCCAGGGCAUGUAUUUAUUUCCUGCAUAAAGAAACUUGAUUAAAUACCAGCACCCUUUUAAGGAAAUGGAAUCAUUUGUGAAAACUACUCUUUCCUAUUAUUGCUGAAAAAAUGAGAAGAUAAAAUGGAAAAAAAAAGGCCGCUCACUUGGACAAAAUGAGGCCCACAUAAAUAAAUAAUAUUUUUUAACAACAGCUUUAAUCACCAUACUGAUUUUUACAAUAACCAUAUACUGGUGGGAUACAAAUAUACUUUGUACCUGUUUUCAAACAUGUCAUCACCCCCUCUCCUGUGAUGGGCACAAUCUAAGUUACAUAGAAAAUGUGAAACCUGGUCAGGUAUUAUUUGAGUUGAUCAACAAGCAUUUAUUAAAGUAUUUACUUUGUACCUGUUUUCAAACAUGUCAUCACCUCCUCUCCUGUGAGGAGCACAAUCUAAAUUACAUAGAGAAUGUGUAAUCUGAUCAUGUAUUAUUUCAGUCAGUCAACAAGCAUUUAUUAUUUACUUUGUGCCUGGCACUGUGCUAAGCUCUGGAGAUGCAAAAAAAGGCAAAAAAAAAAAAAACCCGGUCCCUGCCCUCAAGGAGCUUAUUGAUAGAUAAUAACAUGUUUCAUGUACAGGAACUCUAUGCUCUUCUCCCUGUCUCUGGCCUCCAACAAAUGAUGUACUAUGCCCCUAAAUGAUAACAACGGGCAGCCGCCCAGUCUACAUCUUUUGUCCCACCACCGGACAGAAGUGGAAUUGCUCAGGUGCCAAAAUAGAGCGUUCAGCCACCAUAACCCUUCACUACAAGGAUUCGGUAGGGAUAAAGAGGACAGGAGCCACUUAUUAGAGGGUAGAGGUUAUUUUUUAAAGACAACAGGAAACAAAGACCCUCUGAUUAACAUAUUUCUUUGUCCUCCAUCUACCUAACAAUUUGAAAAAAUACAAAUCUUUUUCCCCCAUUUUAUCUUCUCAUCUUUCCAGGAAUAAUAGAAAGCAUAGUCUUCACAUUACUUGUCAGCCAUGAAGCUUCUUGCAUGUGCCUAGUAGGGUCUUUAUAGAUAAACGUAGAAUGGGAUAAGUGGCUGUUCUGACCAAAGUCCCUCCUGGUGACGUCUCUACUCCCACCUCUUCCUCUCCUGCCUCCCCUACCCAACCAGACUCACUGUUCUAAAUUUAACAUGUAUAUUCCUUGAAGACAGAACCUGUUUCAUGCUUGUCUUUUGCCUGGCACAUAGUAGGUACUUAAUAAAUUGGUAGUUAGCUGAUUUAUUCAUUGACUCCCAGGGGUCUUGACCAUUUAAGGAGCAAGAAAGGAAUACCAGAACCCCACUCUGGGAAGCAAAAGACCAUGUUACAACAAGGAAAUUCACUUAAGAUGCCCAUGCAGCAUUUUAGCCAAGAGGUGUUAACUCCUCUGGAUGCUGGGUUCUGUCCCUGAAGUUUUAAGUAGCUACCAGAGAGUUAAGACUCUGCCUAAGGAAUCAAUCAACAAACAUUUAUUAAGCAAUUACUAUAAGCUGAGCCCUGAGGACACCUAUAAAAAGUGAAAAGUAUCUGGCCUGAAGGAGUUUCCAUUCUAAUGAGAUAGACAAUAUACACACAGAUAAAUCCAGAGAUGGAAGGCAGCCUUAACAUAUAUAGCUUUAGCAGAUAAUAGAACAAGAAAAAAAACUCCUACAGGAAUUAGUACUUAAAUUACAUCUUAAAGAAAGCCAAGGAUUUAAGUGAAGGAGUUCACCAGCCUCACUUUCUCUUCCAGAGCCAUCUGGGUCCAGCAGAGAGAUAUAAAUCAGAACGACUGGAGAUGACUCCCACUAGAUUUGGCAGUUCAUUGUAUAUGAGGGAGGACACUGAGAUUGAGAACCUAGGUGACCAGAGAGUCUUUUAUGCUGGGUCCCAAUUGUAUUCCAUAUUAGUCAAUCCAUUGGUCAAUGAUCAUUUAUUAAGCACCUGCUAUGUGCUAGACAUUGUGCUAAGCACUGGGAGACAAAGAAAGGUAAAAAUCAAUCCUUGUUUUCAAAAAGCUCACAGACUAAUGGGUGAAAAAACUUGCAACCAAGAUAAAUUGGUGACAAUCAGGAGAGGGAAGGCACUAGCCUUGAGGAGCAUUGGGAAAGACUUCUUGCAGAAGGUGGCAUUUUAGCUGAGACUUGAAGUAACCCCAGGAAGUUGGCUGCUCAGACUGAGACAUCCUGAACCCAAAUGAGGAUGGUCCAUCGAAGGGACUGGAAGCCAGAGACAUAGACCUCAGACUGAAGGUGCACUUCUCAGAAAAAUCCUCAUAAUAAUUCUCCCUGUUGUCAUUAUGGGAAAGACUUGAUUUCAUCAUGAAGAAUUUCAUCACUAUUGGUGUGUUUUAAGUCAUCUCACCAAAGAAAUGAAGCCAGUCCAUCUGUAACAUGCCGAUCAUUGAUAGGACUGGCUUAGGGAGACAGACUUUUGACUUCUCUUCAACAUGAACAUCACCAGUGCCAGUGGGUGACAAAUAGUACCAACCAUGAAGGGAAUCAUUUGCAUGAGAUGUCAUACUGUUUAAUAAAUAGGCAGAUAGGCUGGCCUGCCUAGAUCAUUGAGACAUAGGAGAAAGGGGUGCUAUUUUUGAUGCGUUCUAUGUGAUCCUGCUUAAAUUGCCCAUCCUGUAUGUAUUUUUGCUUAUUCCUCUGUAAAAUGGAGGUGAUGCUCAUCUCCAAUCUUCCCUCCCCACCCGCCUCCCAGAUAAAUUGUGAGAAUAAAUGAAGCCACAACUGCAAUGUGUUUCUACCCUCUGGAGAAAAUGACUGUAGAUACCAAGAAUUACAUAGGCAUGUAAGUGAUUUCAGUUUCUCUUGUUCCUACUUCCAAAUGCAAAAGCAUAGCUGUAUCCUGGUGUCAUUUAAGAGUCAUCACGGUUGUGUCCCACUGUCAUACAGUAGAUUUCUAGGAUACCACUGCUGGGUAUCCCAGGAACCUUGGGUAUCCUGGAACCUUGAAUUACAAUCUCUAGUUUCAAAUGGAAAUGUGGCCUCAUGGAACAUGAUCAACAUGAGUGGUCAGGUAAUAUGGCAGGGUCCAGAGAUACCAGGAUAGUAUAGUAAGGAGGCCUAAGUCCCAAAGACAGCUGAGAUAUAGACUUGAACAUCCCAUCUUCUGCCUAGUCUUUGUUGGGAUUUCUUUGGAUUCCAUGUCACUUGUUUGUCUAUCAUUCUUGCACAGAUGCAUGACUCAAUCCUUUUCCUCUCAGAAGAGAGAGCCGAUCAUAGCUGGACCAGAUGAUAAUUUGUACAAUAAUUCACCUUCUUUGCCUUCAAUCUUCUUUGUCAAAUGAAUGUAUCACUCACACCUUGCUUUUAAAAGUAUUGGUUGUAAUGGAUGAUGGAGAAAACCAAAUGAAUUAAAAAAAACUGGUUUGUUUUUCCUUAGGGGUGGGAAAAACUGUCCUUGAAAGCUGGGAACACAAGCGGGCAAGUUGAUUGGCUAUUUCAUGUCAUUGUAACCACAUUUGUCGUAAGACAUCCCACAUACCAAUUAUUAUCAUACCCAUUAAAGUUGUUUUAAAUGCUUGUC